UAUGGGCCAGCGUUGAAACCAGCCUAAAUUUGACCACUAAUAUUUUAUUAUUUUUUAGCUCGGCAGUGCCGCAGCCUCGCCCUCCAUUUUCAGUUUCUGCAAUCGGCGAAGCAAAAAAUCACAAUAAACAUCCCUUUUAUCAUUCAGAUAUGAAGGUUAGGUCAUCAGUUAAGAAAAUGUGUGAGUUCUGUCGAACCGUUAAACGACGUGGUCGAGUGUAUGUGCUGUGCUCAGUUAAUCCCAAGCACAAGCAACGACAGGGCAUUUCCACGUUUGCAUAUGAAGGUCCAACACCCCUGAUUAGUUCUUCUGUGACAAGUAGCAAGCCGGAGGGUACACUUGGUAGCAGCGUUCACACUGGUCUGCCUUCUCUUAUAUCCAAGAAGACUGAGCCCUCUGUGACACCUUGGUGGAGAGUUGGUCUGGCUUCAAUUUUGCUAAAUCGUGCCACUAAGCAGUAGAAGAUUUGGCUGGAGAAUUUCAACUUUCCAACGCAUGGGAGUAUAUGUUCGAAUUUUGUUGCUCUUGCAGCGCAGCUUGCUAAACUGUUUUGGUAAUAGAUAAUGUUAUUAGCCCAUCAAAAUUAUGUCAUCUGUGAUUUGUCUUCCCGAAACUUAAACUACGAGCAGAACCCAUGGCUGAAAGAAUAAAACGAGCAGAAUGGACAAAGGAUUUUGCAGGUUCGUUUAAAAUAGAUCAUGUUACAGGGAUUUUGUAAGGGACUAGUAGAUGCACUCGGGGUUUAGCAAGCGACAAGUGCUCUAUUGGGCCCCUGCAGCCCUUGGGCCUCAUUCAGCUUGUAGCACUGCUGACCUGAAGUUUGGGGCUCUUUGAGAAGGGCCCAACAGUAAUGUGUGGCCCGAUCCACUGGACCGGUGCGUUUCUACUGCCAGUCGUGAGAGAUUUGGACCUGUAUAGGAUUUUUUUUUUUUUUUAACAGCGAUAAUAUUUGUAUAAUUUAUUCUAAACUAGUUUAAAUGGAGGGGAGCCUAACCAGCGGGAUUUCGUUGAA